AUGGUUGUACAACAGGUGGAAGUCGAUUAUGAUGAAAUAAUUGACUUUGAUAUGGACUGUGAACAGCAGGUGACCCUUAAACAAGAAAUGGAGACUCCCGAGUUUAAGGAAACCGAAAACCAAUCCACUAUUUCUGCUGAGCCAAAGAUUCCUCUUCAGGAACUUCUGAAACAGGAAAAUGACAAAAGAGUGGCAGCAGAAGCUUGCUACCUAUCAUUUAUAGAACAGACUGAAGAAUUAGACAAGUGGAUGGAUUGUCAGCAGAACAAGUUUGUGACGCUGGACAUGAAAUUACAGGAGCAGAAGAACGUAAACGAGGAUUUAAAUCAGAUCUGCUCUGAUCUUAAAGGAGAAACAGAAGAGGGCUCUAGGUUUUCUGGAAUACCAAGAACAGGUUUGGAAACUAUGAUUAUGGAUCUGGAAAAGCAGCUGAGUAAUGAAAACGCAGACCGAACCAAGACUGAAAAGAAACUUGACGAUAAGCAGGUGAGUUUCAAACAGCAGCUUGAACAAAAAGACUUGCUCUGUGAAAAUCUGCAGGACAAUUUAAACCAGGAACGCCAGCUCAGACUCAGCUAUGAGCAAGACCUGAAGAACUCCCAGCAUAUAGUCACGGUGAACGAAAACCUGAAGGAGGUCAGAGACCUGAAGAGACAGAACAGUGACUUAAGAGAGAUGCUGGAUAAAGUCAAGAGAGACCAAAGACUUGCAGAGACAAAACGUCUAGGAGAGCAAAACUAUUUCAAACACCAGCUCAAAGAAAAUAAACUGGUUUGUGAAAAUCUAGAAAAGAGUCUCAGCAAAGAAAGCCAGCGUCGUCUGCUCUGUGAAAAAGAGCUGAAAGAAACCAAAGAUCAGAUUAGUGUGAUGAGCGGAAACAUGAAAAAACUAACAAUCGAUCUGAACAAGACAAACGUGGAGCUCAGCGAGAAGCUAGCUAAGGCAGAUGAGAUGUCUGAAGAGCUGGAGAGCUGUAAACAGCAGCUCCAGCAGAAAUCUUCUGUCUGCGAAGAGCUUCGAGAGAGUCUGACCAAAGAACGACAGCUUAGACUUAAUAAUGAAGCUGAACUGAUGGAAAACAAAGUGAAACUCGGUGAGAUUUCUCAGCUGAAGCAGGAAAACGACCAGUUGCAGCAGAGAAACAUCUAUCUCUGUGUCACGAUGUACCAACUGAGCUGCGGAAGAAAUGAGGAAGUAGAGAAAUUUAAAACACAGCUGACACAAACUUGUGAAAUACUCCAAAACAAUCUCACUGAAGAGAGAAAGCUCAGACUGAGUUAUGAGGCGGAGCUGGAUAAAAACAGGGCUAUAAUUAGUGAGAAUUCUCACCUCAAAAACGAAAUCAUCGAUUUAAAGCAGAGAAACGCUGAUCUCUGCGUCUCGAUGGACGUACAGAGCUGCAGAAGAGACGAGGAACUGGAGAACUUUAAAACACAGCUGACAGAAAUUUCCGAAGAACUCCAAAACACUCUCUCUGAAGAGGAAAAGCUCAGACUGAGUUAUGAGGCGGAGCUGGAUAAAAACAGAGCUAUAAUAAGUGAAAAUUCUCACCUCAAAAACGAAAUCAUCGAUUUAAAGCAGAGAAACGCGGAUCUCUGCCUGGUGAUCGACCAGCAGAACGUUCAAAGAGCCGAAUCAGACAGGAAGCUAGCUCAGGAGCUGCAGAGCGUCGAGCAGCAGCUGCAACGUAAAACUUCUGUCUGCGAAGAGCUUCGAGAGAGUCUGACCAAAGAACGACAGCUUAGACUUAAUAAUGAAGCUGAACUGAUGGAAAACAAAGUGAAACUCGGUGAGAUUUCUCAGCUGAAGCAGGAAAACGACCAGUUGCAGCAGAGAAACAUCUAUCUCUGUGUCACGAUGUACCAACUGAGCUGCGGAAGAAAUGAGGAAGUAGAGAAAUUUAAAACACAGCUGACACAAACUUGUGAAAUACUCCAAAACACUCUCACUGAAGAGAGAAAGCUCAGACUGAGUUAUGAGGCGGAGCUGGAUAAAAACAGAGCUAUAAGUAGUGAGAAUUGUCACCUCAAAAACGAAAUCAUCGAUUUAAAGCAGAGAAACUCGGAUCUCUGCCUGGUGAUCGACCAGCAGAACAUUCAAAGAGCCGAAUCAGACAGGAAGCUAGCUCAGGAGCUGCAGAGCGUCGAGCAGCAGCUGCAACAUAAAACUUCUCUUUGUGAAAACCUGAAAGACGGUUUCUCCAACAGACUUACCCUCAUGCAUGAACUGUAUGAGAAACUGGAGUCAAAAACGAGUCUCUGUGAUAAACUGGAGAAGCAGUUUAUAGCAGAGCAACAGCGGAGACUCGGUCUGCAGUCUGAGCUCAACAGGGUUAAGGAUCUCAUCACGUUAGAAAAUAUGGAAGACACCGAGCCAAACGAGUUUUUAAUAAACUGCAGGUCCCAAGGAGAACUUCCACAAUCCGUCAGCAGCAAACGGGAAAAGAUCUCCAAGUGGAGAUGCUUCAAGAAGUGUAUAACUCCGACGUGUCUCCGUAAACACAAACGCACAUCUGACGACUAA